AUACACGCCGCAGAGCUGUACUAGCACCUCUUAGAUUACGUCGCAGGUUUUUGAUGUGAACUCCGUGAUUGUUUGCAUGUCGACGCGAGGAUGCAUGAGUGUGUCCUCAGGCCUUUCAGUAUUAGCAAGGUGCUUCACUCAGACAGUAUUCAGGUCAUGCCAACAGCAGGUUUCGCUGCACAUGAUCAAACUAUUGCAGUCGAAACACUUCACUUUAAAUAUCCCAGUUUGCCUCUGGGAAGAGACACAGAUGCAUCCAGUGUGCAGGUAACCCCUCAGGCAGCUGUGCAGGAAAAUCCCAGCUGACAUCCGCAUCCAGCCACAUUCAAACUCAGUGAAAUCUCCAGUUUUCCUCAUUCUGGUGUUUGCUUUGAAUCAGCAGUCAUCUUGAUAGUCUUUACAAAACUAAAUGUAUUGAGUUGCAGCCAUGUCAAUAGAUAAUUGUAUUAAAAAUCAGGUGAACACUUGUACCUAACAAAACGGCCAGUGAGCGUAUAGAGCUGCUGCCCUUUCUCUUUACUAGUUUAUCUGUGAUCCACAGAUUACUCACUUUGCUCUUCACUGUUACACCUGAAGGAUGUUUCAUGACUUUUAUUCCAGUUUAUUUCCACAGCUUUGUGUAUCGGCCAUCUGUUAGUGUGGCCAUGUGCAUUUGCUGCAUUUACACAAAUGUGUGCUGUGCUGAAUGGAACUUUCUGGUGGAAAAGCUUGUUUGCACAUAAAAUGAAGUGAAGGGCUGAGUUUGAUAGAUGCAGUCAGGGAAACAUUUGAACCCUAGCUGAUUUUGUAAGUUUGCUCACAAACAAAGAAAUGAUCAGUCUAUAAUUUUAGUGGUAGGUUUAUUUGAACAGUGAGAGACAGAACAAUAACCAAAACAAUGCAUUUCAGAAAAGUUAUAAAUAAAUUAGUAUUUUGAUGAAUGAAAUAAAUAUUUGAUCCCCUGUCAAUCAGCAAGAUUUCUGCCUCCCAGGUGUAUUUUAUACAGGUAACGAGCUGACAUUAGGAGCCUUCUCAACUCGUUACCUGUAUAAAAGACCGCUGUCCAUAGAAGUAAUCAAUCUAUCCAGAUUCCAAACUCUGCACCAUGGCUAAGACCAAGAAGUUUCCAAGGAUGUAAGGGUGAAGAUUGUGGACCUACACAAGAAAUGGGCUACAAGACCAUCACCAAGCUGCUGGCUGAGAAGCUUUGAGCAGGAGGUUCUCGGUGGUCCAGUACCAGUAUCAGGAAGUCCACCUGUCAUGGAGGCAGUACCUGUAGCUCUGGCUGUCCCAACAGUUCCAGUGGUGCGACCCAUUAUAGGAACCAACACGUACAGACAGGUCCAGCAGACAUUAGAAGCCAGAGCUGCAACUUUUGUUGGACCUCCACCACAAGCCUUUGUGGGACCAGUUCCUCCAGUACGUCCUCCUCCUCCCAUGAUGAGACCGGCUUUUGUUCCACAUAUUCUGCAAAGACCAGGUGGUCAGAGGUUACAGAUGAUGCGUGGUCCUCCAGUAGCACCUCCUUUGCCUCGACCUCCUCCACCUCCACCCAUGAUGCUCCCUCCUUCCCUGCAGGGCCCAAUGCCUCAGGGACCCUCUCAGCCCAUCCAACCCAUGGCUGCUCCACCUCAGGUUGGUGAUAUGGUUUCGAUGGUGUCAGGCCCACCUACACGACAAGUAGCCUCACUUCCUGUCAAACCAACACCAUCAAUCAUCCAGGCAGCACCAACUGUGUAUGUUGCUCCUCCUGCCCAUGUUGGACUAAAAAGAAAUGAAGUUCACGCUCAGAGACAGGCCCGAAUGGAAGAACUGGCAGCGCGGGUGGCCGAGCAGCAGGCUGCAGUGAUGGCUGCAGGUCUGCUCAGCAAGAAGGAGAGCGAGGACAGCAGCACGGUGAUUGGACCAAGUAUGCCGGAGCCUGAACCCCCCCAAACUGAGCAUGUGGAAACUACUACUGAAGACAAAAAAAAGGCAAAAACGGAGAAGGUGAAGAAGUGUAUCCGCACAGCAGCAGGGACGACCUGGGAGGACCAGAGUCUGCUGGAAUGGGAAUCAGACGACUUCCGUAUUUUCUGUGGUGAUCUUGGUAACGAGGUUAAUGAUGACAUACUGGCCAGAGCCUUCAGCAGAUACCCAUCUUUCCUCAAAGCUAAGGUGGUCAGAGACAAACGGACUGGAAAAACCAAAGGCUACGGUUUUGUGAGCUUCAAAGAUCCAAAUGAUUACGUGAGAGCCAUGAGAGAGAUGAACGGGAAGUACGUUGGUAGCCGUCCCAUCAAACUGAGGAAGAGCAUGUGGAAGGACCGCAACAUUGAAGUGGUUCGCAAGAAACAAAAAGAGAAGAAGAAACUGGGCCUCAGAUAGUUUCCAGAGAGUGUGUGUUUGUGCGUGAGAUCAUGACCCGGUCCAUGGACUGGAUCCGGUCAUUAAUUUUUUUUUUUUCCUUCUAAAAUAAAACCAAUAUUUUUAAGCUGUU